AUGUCUGGCAACGCAGGUUUGAAGCCUAGAUCUUUGGCAGAGAGUGGUGUGAAGCCAUUUAGGAGUCGAGAUGUGAGUAUUCUCUUUAGCUCUACCACUAUCAACAAAAGUAGACUUCAAAUAUCCAGAAGAACAAGCACAAGCACAGGAACCGGUUUAAAUGCUCGCAAAAGUAUACGAAAGUCCAUCUAUGGGAAUCAAAUUACGAUAAAUGAUUUUGAGAUCGGAAAAAAAUUAGGGAAAGGAAAGUUUGGAAAGGUCUAUUGUGCUAGACACAAGAAGUCGGGAUUUAUCUGUGCUCUGAAGAUUAUGGAUAAGAAGGAGUUGAUUAAUUUCAAGGUAGAGAAACAAUUUCGAAGAGAAGUGGAGAUUCAGAGCUCUGUGAAACAUGUCAACUGUAUAAAGCUGUAUGGACAUUUCCACGAUACUGAUAGAGUUUAUUUAAUUCUAGAAUUUGCCAUUCAUGGAGAAUUGUACAAGCUGCUCAAGAAAAAAGGAAAGCUUGAUGAGGUCACAUCGUCACGUUAUAUUUAUCAAAUUGCAGACGCACUGUCAUAUUUACACGAUCGUCACAUAAUUCACAGAGAUAUCAAACCAGAGAACAUUCUAUUAGGUUUUGAUAAUACGGUCAAGAUUUCUGACUUUGGCUGGAGUGUCUAUUCUAAUCAGAGUAUGAAAAGGACUACUAUGUGUGGAACCCUAGACUAUUUACCACCUGAGAUGGUUGAAGCUAGGGAGCAUAACUACAAAGUGGAUGUCUGGGCGCUUGGCAUAUUAAUGUAUGAAUUCUUGGUAGGAAAACCUCCAUUUGAAGAAGAGUUUAAGAGCUCUACUUAUAAAAGAAUUGCUCAAGUGGACUUGCAGGUUCCCUCUCAUGUUUCCCCAGAAGCUAAAGAUUUAAUUCAAAAACUCCUGAGAUACACACCUGAAAAGCGAAUCAAUUUGAAAGACAUUGAGACGCAUCCUUGGAUAGUUAAAAAUAAACCACACUGGGAUGAAAUCAACUUGGAGGAAGGAGUUUAG